AUGGGAUCCAAGUUUAAGUUCACCAAUUUAGUGUGCGACUCGGUGAACCCAUCUUGGUUGGAAAUUCACCUAUGUCGGUUGAAGGCCAUCCGAAGGGACAAGACCGUACUUAACUUCAACGCGACCCUCCUGCAAACCGUCAAAAAGGCUUGGAUUCACGGGCAAAUGUUCAAAAAAGCCAAUGGCUGGAAGCCUUGGCUGUACAAUAUCUCCCUGGAUGGUUGCCGAUUCGCCCGAAAACCCUAUGUGCCAGUUGCAGCCCUCGUUUUCAGCAUGUUCAAGGACAAUUCGAAUUUUAAUCAUACGUGUCCCUACUCGGGCUCCGUGUAUGUUAUGGGUGUUCACAUUUUCCCAGAGACAAUCCCAGUUCCACUUCCCUCUGGGGAUUACCUAAUAUUAAUUAAAUGGUACUUGUCUAAUAGUCGAAACUUGUCCACAGAUCUUGUAAUCUCCUCGGGAAUUUACUUUUCGUUCGAAGAAUAG